AUGCAAUACACGGCUCCUCUUGCGCAAACACUACCCUUCUUCCCUUCGGUCCUCAAGACUCUCUCGCAUCCCACUUCGUCGACAAGACCCCUCGUCUACUCAUAUCUGCUACAUCAUGCCGAGGCCGACCCGGAUACCGCUCUUCUGUCCAUUAACACAAUCCAAAAGUCGCUGUCGGAUACCAGCCCUCGAGUACGUGCCAUGGCACUGAAGACGAUGGCUGGUGUUCGUAUUCCGCUCAUCAGCCAAAUUGUCUCGCUUGCUAUCAAGAAAGGUACUGCCGAUAUGAGUCCAAUAGUUCGCAAGGCUGCUGCAUUCGCGUGCGUCAAGUGUGUCAAACUGGAUCCUGCCACUCUUCCUCAGGUCACCGAAUACCUCUCGACCUUGCUCGGCGACAAACAAUACUUUGUUGCUGGUGCUGCAGUUGCCGCUUUCAGUCAAGUCUGUCCGGAGCGUCUGGACCUGAUCCACCCACACUACAGAAGCCUUGUCAAGAAGUUGGUCGACAUGGAUGAAUGGGGACAGGUCUCGACUCUGCAGCUGAUGACUAUCUACGCGCGAAAAUGCUUUCCAAAGAGAACUCGACGUGUCCGUAAAGCAAACACUCAGACCGACAGGCAAAAAGGCUUCUACGAUGACGACGAUGCUGAAGAACAGGAGGUCGAAUACGAGGAUGUCCAAACACUGGACCCCGAUCUCGACUUGCUUCUUACUUCCGCACUACCGCUCCUGCAAUCUCGCACCUCGGCCGUUGUUGUCGCUGUCACAAAAGCCUAUCUAUAUCUCGCUCCUGAACAGUAUCUGCAUUAUGCCAUCGGACCUCUUACAGCACUUCUUCGUGGCCCUCCUGACAUCAACCAGAUCGGUCUUCAUAACAUUGUGCAAAUCUGUCUUCUCUACCCACAGCACUUCGUUCCACACUUCCGCCAUUUUCUGCUCAGGUCUGGCGAAGGGGAGCAAACAUGGCGCCUCAAGCUCGAAAUUCUGACCCUCGUCUUCCCUCAUUGUACCGCUGAUGUACAAGGCCUCAUCCUCACCGAACUCGAACAUUUCUCACAAGGUCACGACCCUGCUCUAGUUCGCGAGUCGGUACGAGCGAUCGGUCGUUGUGCUCAAAACUCGGAUGCUACUACAAGCUCGCGCUGCUUACGUCUGUUACUUCGUCAGAUCCACAGUCCAGAUCAGCAUCUCGUAGCUGAGGCUUUGGAAGUUAUCCGACACAUGAUCCAGCGCGAGCCGCUCGCACACACCAAGACAGUUAUCCGUCUGGCGAAGAACCUAGACACGCUGACCAGUCCUGCUGCACGCGCCAGUAUUAUCUGGUUAGUUGGCGAAUUUGCUGGUUAUUCACCCGAUCAGAGCAUCGCACCUGACGUCCUACGCAUCCUUAUUCGUGGUUACCCUGAAGAACACGAUCUCGUUAGACAACAGAUUGUGUUACUGGCAGCGAAGGUAUACUUGCAUUGGCUGAAUGCUGAGAAUGCGACNAAAAAGAAGAACAAUUCUCCUGCUUUAGAGCGUCAAUCCAGCUCCACUGUUCUCGCGCCUGAUGAGGAAGAAGACGGUGCAGGAUUUAGAGAUGAUGGGUUCGCUGACGAGGAAUCGUCGAAUCUCGUGUCACAGGAGGACAAAUCUCAUCCGAUAUCAUUGCUGUACAAUCACACUCUGCUACUGGCUCGCUAUACGCCGUCAUACGACCUUCGCGAUCGGGCCCGCAUGUUCCGCGCGUUGCUAGCAGUGCCUUCGAGCACCGAGCUUGCAUCGCUCCUUCUGCUCGCGCCCAAACCUGUACCGCAGGCACCAAGUCCCAGUGAAAGUCGCAAGGGCUACGUGCUCGGUAGCGCAAGCCUAGUCAUUGGCGAGGAGAGUGGCGUGAGCGGUCUCAGUGGCUACACGCCUCUUCCAGAGUGGGUUCAGGACGGAGACGAACCUGAUGCAAAGCUCAGGAACGUUGAGGUGGAAACAAAGACCGAAUACAGGCCCAGUGGAUCAACAGUGCCGGCAGGUAGGAUGCUCGACGAUGCGCUCAAGGGAUCUGCUCCUGUUGUCUACAAAUCAAAGUCUGGCGCGCCUGCUAAGGAAAAGACUCUGGACGACUGGCUUGACGAAGAGGAUGAAGAAUCAUCCGAAGAAGAGACCGACGAGUCUGAAGAAGAUGAAGAAGAAGAAGAGGAGGAGACUGAUGAGGAUGAGGAAGAGACGGAUGAUGAAGAUGAAGAGGAAGACUCUUCGGCAGAGGAAGAAAGCGAAAGUGAUGAUGGCGAUGAGCACAGGCGACUUGUUGAUUAG